AUGGAGCAAAAAUAUAUAUUAUCUUUAGAUAUAGGCACUACAACGAUUCGGUCGGUUAUUUACAAUUCAAGAACAGAAAUUAUAGGCAAAGCUGUAGACCAGGUAAUACUCCACUACCCUAGCUCUGGAUAUGUGGAAAUAGAUCCAGAUGAACUUUGGACUUCUGUUGUAGGUGUUGUAAGCACCAGUAUACAAAAUGCUAAACUAUCAACUGGACAAAUUACGGCAAUGGGAAUUUCAACACAAAGGAGUACUUUUACAACUUGGUCUCGAAAGACAGGGAAACCAUUCCAUAGAUUCAUUACUUGGAAAGAUCUCAGAGCGGAUGACUUGGUGAAACAAUGGAAUGAUUCUUAUACUUGGAAGCUAAUUAAAAUUGGUGCUUUUGUGUUGUUUAUGAUAUCAAGAAGCAAAAGAUUUAAAGCAGGAAGUGUUCUGAAAUUUUCUAACACUCAGACCACACUAAGGUUAUAUUGGGCUCUACAUAACGUGCCUGAACUGAAAUCCGCUAUUCAGAACCAUGACGCUAUGUUCGGGACACUGGACACGUGGCUUCUAUAUAAAAUGACAGGUAGCAAACUCCACAUGACGGACGUUUCUUCAGCGUCUGCGACGGGUUUUUUCGAUCCGUUCACGAUGCAAUGGGCGAGUUGGGCCAUGUCCUUAUUCGGGAUCCCGCAAGCUGCAUUACCAAAGGUGGUCGACACUGCGGGAGAACACUUCACUAGUACCGCCCCAGAUAUCUGGGGGCAUGCGAUACCUAUAAGAAGCUGUAUAGCAGAUCAAACAGCAUCCAUGUGGGGUUCAUGCUGUUUCAAUGUCGGCGAUGUGAAACUUACAAUGGGUACUGGUACGUUCUUCAACAUAAACACCGGGCGUCUCCCGCACGCGUCGGUGUCGGGGCUCUACCCUGUGGUCGGGUGGAGGCUCGGGGAAGAGUUAGUGUUCUCAGCUGAGGGAGCUAACAAUGAUACUGCCAGCAUCAUUAAAUGGGCUCAAAGCUUAGGAUUGUUUGAUAAUCCGCAAGACACCGCGGAUAUCGCCAUGUCUGUGCCCGAUUCUGACGGCGUAUUCUUCAUACCGGCGUUCAGUGGCCUGGGACCACCAUACAACGACUGUACGGCGGCGACGGGGUUCGUCGGCAUGAAGUCGUCCACGAGCAAAGCCCACGUGGUGCGCGCCGUGCUCGAGUCCUUGGCCUUUAGAACGGCACAGUUAUACAAUUGUGUGCGAGCCGAGACUGACUAUACGUUUAGUAGUAUACGAUUGGAUGGAGGAGUGUCUAACAACGAUUUCGUGGUGCAGCUUGUGGCUGACCUAACUGGGUUGCGCGUAGAGAGGCCGGUGGAGGUCGAAAUGUCCUCCUUAGGUUGUGCACAUAUUGUAGGACUACAAUUAGGUAUAUUUAAAUCAAAAGAAGAAUUGAAGUCACUAAGGAAAGUAGGUACAGUGUUCACCCCACGACCACAAGUGAAGAAGGCAUAUGAACAGACCAUGGCAAGAUGGGAGGACGCGGUCGCGCGCAUGUGCGGGUGGUAUGUAGGGAACAAGUCGACACACUCACAGAACUCGGUUCAUGACUCAAGUAAUAACUCAGUAACUCCACAAAACAGUUUUAAGGUGACUUUAAAGAAAGAUGGGUCCAAA